UGCUUCUUUCUUCAGUCAUCCCCCACUUCUCUCCCCCAAGAAAGAAAAGAGCUGAAGCAUGGCCACCACCGGCGCCCCGGCCGCCGCCGCCGCCGGGAGCGAGGACGAAGACCAGGCCCGCAUGGACGCCAUCGUCGAGAACCUCCAGACCCGAGACGCGGUGCGGCUGUACAACUGGCUGUCGCAGCGGUGCUUCUCGGACUGCGUCACCACCUUCUACCGCAAGGCGCUGGGCAAGGGCGAGGGCGACUGCGUCCGCGCCUGCGUCCGCAAGUACCUCCUCGUUUCUACCGCCUCCGCCGCCCGAUUCGCCGAGGUCACCGCCGACCCUUACGCCGCCGUCGCCGACGACGAAGACUGAUCCAGCCCACCUGGCUCCCCUCCGCUGCUGUUGGGGAAUGAGGAAUUUUUUUUGUCUGCGCUUUGUUGAUCUGCUGUUAGCCCUUCUUCAGCUCAGUUCUCUGAACUUCAGAUGUAGUAGUACUUGCCAGUUUUGUGAUCUCUGAAGAAACGUGACAGUUCAGUUGCCUAGAUGAAAUUGCAGCGCGCUUGCGGCUGCGGCGAACCACGGGUUUGGAAAUUCUGAUGGAUACAAACAUGAAUGAAUGAUUUCUUCGUUUUAUAGAUGUAAUAUGGAUGAGUCAUGCUUCCUUGAUGCGCAUGCAUUUCUCUUGUCUAACUGAAAGCUUGCUGCUUCCCAGUUUAGCUCCAGUGCAGAAUGUGCAUUGAUGCAAACCUGAAUUUUCGAUAUUCUGCUUCAUGUACCUUUGUUUAUUAUUAUCAGGUUCUUCAAUAUCACUGUCACUGCCAUGUUGCA